UCCAAACUGGCUUCAAUGUCCAAUGACUUCAAAUCAGUCCUUGAAGUCAGAACAGAGAACCUGAAGCAGCAGCGCAGCAGGAGAGAGCAGUUCUCCCAGCCUCCCGUCUCAUCUUCUCCUCUGAUGGCCAACAACUUCAGGAGCCGCAAAAAAGGGGCCCAGGAGCCGCAUGCAGCUCGCGAGCCGCGCUAUGACUACCAGGGCAAUACAACCUCAAAUUUAAAAGAGAGCUCGGUCCUGAUGCAGGAUGAGUCCAGGAGUAUGGGGGAUGUAGCUAUCGAUAUGGACUCGCAGACCAAUCCCUUGCAGCUCCAGCUUAUUGAUGAGCAGGACUCAUACAUCCAGAGCCGUGCAGACACGAUGCAGAAUAUUGAGAGCACCAUCGUAGAACUGGGCUCCAUAUUCCAGCAGCUGGCACACAUGGUCAAGGAGCAAGAGGAGACCAUCCAAAGGAUUGAUGCUAACGUGGAGGACACCCAGCUGAACGUGGAGUCUGCCCACACAGAGAUCCUCAAAUACUUCCAGUCAGUCUCCUCCAACCGCUGGCUGAUGAUCAAGAUCUUUCUCGUCCUCGUCGUCUUCUUCAUCAUCUUUGUCGUCUUCUUCGCUUAAAGAAAAGACGAGCGGCUGAGGGGAGGAGAAGUAAAAACUAAAGCUGGACUGAGACGACAUGUCCAGACAACGUAUUUUGAAGGACAGACUUCUCUAUGAAAGUGACAGUUUGAUGGAGACUUGGGAGACUUUUUGAUUUAACACAGACUUUCUGGUCAUUCCCAAGCUAAAGACUUUUGAUCAUAAUUCAACAAUUCAGUGAAGAAUGAAGAUGUUGAACUCUGUCCAAAUGAAAGAAUAAAUUAUCUAAAAUUCCCACUUUGUAUAGAGAGAGCAACAUAUUGCUCCGUAUUGUACUUUGACCAAUAAUUCAUAAACAUUUAAUCGAAAUGGCUAUAAUUUAAAUGGUUUGAUUCUCCAAACUGUCUUUUUAAUUUAGACCCCCCCCCCCCUUGUUUACCCCUUUUACCACAUGUCAUUAUUAUUAUUAUUUCAAAGCCAAACAACAGAACUGGAGUUUAUCUGUGGAUAAUUUUUCCUUCUUAGUUUACUUUCUUGUUAUUGAAGAGCAUGACUGUGUCACUUCUUUGUCAACAAUUCUCCACUUACCACCAUUCAGUAAUGAUGUGAAAUAUUUUGUAUUCAGUUAUAUUCUGUUUUGCUUUCAAAGUUUAUUUGCCAAAUGGGUACUCUUGUAGAACUGUGACACAACACAGACACUCACUGGUGAUCCAGCAUUUUGCGUCGUGGAGGCACAAGUGGGGCGUUACAGCAAGCUGAAGGGAACUUUGCCGGUUUGAUUCAGGCACGAGCUGCAUUAAAAGGUUGAUGUUUUAAAUGAAACUGUUGCCAUUAGGCAGGUUGAAUGGUUUAAAAACUGUAAAAGAUGCACAUUCAGUGCUGCAGAGAGACUAAGCAUACAAUUAUAGUAUUUAAACAGGAUCAAGGUUUGACAUCAGUGCUUAUGAAGGGGUGAGGCUGGUUGUGAAGGCCCAGUAAUGAAGUGUCUCAAUCAGCCAGAUUCCCUGGAAGUGUCUGGUUGGAUGUCCCUGUUGUAGUUACUUCCCCUCUCUAAUCUACCAGAUGUUAUUUAAAUGACCACAGCUUUUUAAGAGGAAACAAAACAUUCUUCCUAUUUUUUUCCCUGUCUGUUUUUUUUUUUUUUUUUAGCCAAAUGCCUUGACUUAAUGUAUAAAGUGCAAAUAGUGAUAAUGAUGUAUUGAUAAGAAAGUGCAUAUUAAUAAAAUAAUAAUGGGGUGCUGGCA